AUAAAAUUUGCCUGUUAGCUGAAACUAUUAAACGAAUAUGAUAAAAGUUACUAUGUUUAAGAAACUGAGUUCGUUUUUUCUGUGUUCUUUGGUUUAUUCGAUGGUUUCUGGACAUUUAGACGAAGGAUUUGAUGAUAUGUCAGAAGAUGAUGUCAGCCGGUGCUACUACGACAUAAUAUGCCGAUUAGGAGUCGAACCUCAUGAUGAAGCCUAUAAGUGUUAUCUGCAUGCUCCACAUGAAAUAUAGGUCGGAGGAUAUAAAUGAGCGCAUGUGGCAGAUGUGUGAAGCUGAUAAGGAAACACAGAUAUAGGUCGGAGGAUAUAAAUGAGCGCAUGUGGCAGAUGUGUGAAGCUGAUAAGGAAACACAGGACAGAUAUUUCCAACUCUUUACACAGCGUUUUAUUGAUCUAAUGUCGAAAUACUGCUCCAAUCCAUUCCAGCAAACUUUUUGUCAUGCUUGGAGUCAAGUAGUGGAUUGCACACAAGACUUGAUUACAGAAUAUAACGAGAAAUAUAAGUGUGAACAACACUGAUAAUCCUUUCUCAUGAACACCCUAUUUAAAGAAGAAUUAUCAAGAAAGAUCAUUAUGUGUUUUCUAAAAUUGUCAUGAUGUUAUAUAGAUAAAUUUACAGUCAAAUAUAAUAAAAUAAAUAAGCGAAUUUUUAAAGCGAAAACUUUGUUUUAUAGUUGAUUUCACAUCCGUGCAUUAAAGUAUAGCGUUUAACGUCAGAAAUCGCGAAACCAAAUACGCACAGCUUAAGUAAUGAUGUCUGUGGCUCAGAUCUGUUAAUUUAUGAUAUUCGAAAACUAUUAUAAAAACAAUUAAUGGUACAAAGUUUAAAAUCACACAUUAGACUUUUGGCCGUUAAAAUUUCUGCACUUUGAAGGAAGCUCACGACAAAAAUUAAAUUUGCGGGAAAACAAGAACAUACUGAGCGAUAGCCAUGUUCUUUAUACUAUACGCAUACACACAACACAGACAAAUAUAUUAACAUCUCAAAGCAGCAUAAAAAGAUACAGUUAAUAGCAGAUGUUUCAUUCGGAAAAUGGCGUUUAUUCACUGAUUCUUUGUGUUUGAUGACGCGUUACGCCCCACGUAAAAAAGCAUAUCUCAUCCAACACGUCCUAGAAUUAAAUCGUGAGAGAAUGGUAGCCUACAGGAACUAUAGACUGUGGUAUCACGCAAUUUCUGUUUAGAUUGGUCAAGAUCUAAUGACAUUAUAGCAAAUUUACCAUCUAUAGGCUUAGGAGGGCCAGUAAAUGUGCGGAAUCUCUGCAGUCUCAGGCACCAUUCAUAGUGAAGAAAAAUACUUGGUACGCACCGUUGUUAAGGGUCGUACAGCUACGUGACGCACUGUUUAUCAUGAAGUACACUGUUCUGUACAGCUCCAAGUAUCAGUAUCCAUCGUUCCGGAAUAAACAAACUUAACUUUUUAGAAGAAGCCUGGUUAGUCCGCAACUUAAUUAUUUCACCCGCACACACCCGAUUAAUCAGUAGUAAACUGUAAUUCAAAGAAUUUUGGAAUAUUUGAAACUUUUCUUUGUGCUAACUCUAAC